AUGAAGGAGAGAGGUGUCUAUUUCUUCAUAUGUAGCAUAUCAAACUACUGUUGUUUAGGCCAGAAGAUUGCGAUUUCUGUCCAUGAACGUGCCCCAGAAAAUCCACCACCACUACCACCAUCAUCAUUAUCACCAUCACCAUCACCUUCACCUUCCCAAGUACCAAUAACCUCUCCACAAUUAUCACCAAAGGGGUCAGCUCCUCAACCUCAUGGAACUAACCCUCCUCUACCGUCUACAACUACACCAAGAGGUAAUGGUAGCAAUUCUCCAAUGCCAUCUUCCACUCAAGGGGGCAAGUCUAAUGCAGUGGCAUUGGUAUGUGGGAAAAGUUUCAUUGUGUCUUUGGGCCAACUCUUAUCUAUGCUUGUUACAUUCUUGGGAUUUUGGGUCAUGUAG